AGGGGGAAAAAAGAUAAGGAGAGCAGAGGGGGAAAACACACAUUUCUCUACUUUCUCCCCUCAAAGAAUUCUCUCUUAAUAGCUAUGGCUUUUUCUCCAUUAACAACAAGUGGGUGUAGUAGUUAUUGCAAUUUUGGAUUUGGUUGGAAAUCGUCGAGCUUGUUUGUGGAAUUAGGGUUUCUAUCAAAUGGGUCAAAAGGGGUUUCAGCUAAACCAGCAAAGCUCAAUAUUUGUGCCUCUUCUUCUUCUUCCUCAGAUCCACUUUUGGUGAAGGCUGCAAGAAGAGAACGGGUGAGUCGCCCGCCUGCAUGGAUGAUGCGUCAAGCAGGAAGGUAUAUGGCUGUUUACAGAAAGCUUGCAGAGAAACAUCCAUCCUUCAGAGAGAGAUCAGAGACAACUGAUCUCAUUGUGGAAAUUUCUUUGCAGCCCUGGGAAGCUUUUCAUCCAGACGGAGUAAUUAUCUUUUCGGACAUUCUUACCCCCCUACCUGCAUUUGGUGUCCAAUUUGACAUUGAAGAGGUAAGAGGCCCAGUCAUACAGUCUCCUAUUCGUUCUGAAGAGGGAUUGAAAUCAUUGCACUCCAUUGACUUGGAGAAACUACAAUUUGUGGGAGACUCACUUGGGAUUUUGCGAAAGGAGGUUGGAGAGCAAGCUGCAAUUUUGGGUUUUGUUGGAGCUCCUUGGACAAUUGCUACCUACAUAGUUGAAGGAGGUACAACUCGCACGUAUACGAAAAUUAAGGACAUGUGCCAUACUGCUCCACAUGUUUUGAGAGCUCUGUUAUCUCAUUUAUCAAAAGCAAUUGCUGAGUAUAUUGUGUAUCAAGUGGAGUCUGGAGCUCAUUGCAUCCAGAUAUUUGAUUCAUGGGGUGGACAACUCCCACCUCAUAUGUGGGACAGCUGGUCUAAGCCUUAUAUUGAUGAGAUAGUUAGUAUAAUUAAAAGAAAGUGCCCACAAACACCUCUUGUGCUCUACAUUAAUGGAAAUGGUGGACUUCUUGAACGGAUGAAAACAACUGGAGUUGAUGUAAUUGGACUUGACUGGACAGUGGAUAUGGCAGAUGGAAGGAAGCGACUAGGAACGGAUAUUGGUAUACAGGGGAAUGUGGAUCCCGCUACCUUGUUUUGUCCUCUUCCUGCAUUGACAGAUGAGAUUAAAAGGGUUGUCAAGAGUGCAGGGACCAAUGGUCACAUCCUCAAUCUUGGCCACGGUGUACUCGUUGGUACACCUGAAGAAGCCGUUGCUCACUUCUUUGAUGUUGCUAGAAGCUUCAAUUUUGACAAGGUUGAGGAUCAUGUAUCUGAGGCAGAUAAAGUUGUAGCUUGAAGACAACAAUUUUGUAAUGCAGGCCAGAUGCUGGUUCACCUUAGGUCCUUUAAGUUGGUAGAGGAGACUAAUGCUUGUGAAUAAACUAGCAUCUUUAUUUUAUCUAAUUUCUUGGAAAUAUUGAGCAAAUUUGUUACAUGAUUAAUUAUUCUAUCAGAAGCCAAGUUGUCUC